ACUUCAUGCUGUGAAAUGGACUGAACCAAUUGUGGUGGUAAAUAAAUCUGUCAUCAGACAUAUACAUUGAUCUAUAUUAGUACAAAGGGUAAAAAUAAAAACCUCAAUCAUUCUUUGAUUUACACUAUAACUUUCUUUAGAGAAUUUAUUAGGCACUACCCAAGAAAAAGACAUUCGUAUGUAAAAAGAUCUUAUUCAGAAAUCGGUCGUUAUUUUUUUCCUGUGGUAUCAUGUUAAUUAGUGUUUCAAAUCCUUUUAUUGUUCAAGUUCUUUUGACUUCAUUCUUCAUAAUUCUUGCAGCCCACAGUGUCUGUGGGUUUUGUAUAGGUGAAUACAUAUGUCCAAUGACUUAGCUUGGAAAUUACAAGAUUUCUUAAUAGAAGGGGAGUGAACCUUUGGAAUAGUCAUCCAGAAUAAAUAGGAAAUAUAAGUUAACAAGUUAAUUUAAGUUGAAAAUGGAGUAGUUUAUGGAAAGAGAUAGCUGAAGUGGUUGCUUACAGUAAUCUAGGGACCUGAUCUCAAGUACCUGAGAGGUUCUUUCUUGUUUCAUGUUCUUCUAUGUGUAUAAAAUAAAAUUUUAAUCUAGAGGCUGAGGAAGAAGAAAGAUUUUACAAGUUAUCUUUUUCAUGUUAUCUCAUUCUGCAGAACAUACUGUAGUUAUUUAUAAAUGUGUAACCAGCAGCUGCCUUUUCUCACAGGUUUUUUCCUCUCAAAAAUACACUGAUAAGCAGCAAACAAGGAACGACCACAGGACUGCACACAUUUGUAAAUAGUUAUCUUCAAAAGCAGUACGACUGGGAUACAUAAAAACCAUGAAAAGCCAAUUAAUAGGAUUUCUUAUGAACUUUUGGAUUUCUUUUUCACUUACUUUGUAUUUUCACAGUGGUGAAAGAGAAGAGAAAUGUAUAAUCGAAGAUGUUCCCAGUGACACACUGGUAAUUGGGAAUUACAAAGUACAACGCUGGGAUAUACAUAAACAAGACUUUCUUGAAUCUGCUCCUGGUUUGGGAAUGUUUGUGACUGUCACAACUCCUUCUGCUGAGGUAUUAUUGUCAAAACUGUAUGGGCCACAAGGAACAUUUUCCUUUACAUCUUAUCUAUCCGGAGAGCAUAUUAUUUGUUUCCAGUCUAACUCCACAAGAUUCGUGGCGUUUUCAGGAAGUAAACUGCGUGUCCAUUUGGACAUUAGAGUCGGAGAACAUUUUUUGGAUGAAUCUGUUGUUCAAGCCAAAGACAAAGUGAAUGAAGUUAACUUUAGACUAGAACAUCUAAUUGAGCAAAUUCAUCACAUAUCCAAAGAACAAAACUAUGAAAGAGAGCGUGAAGAAAAAUUUCGGAAGACAAGUGAAGAAACCAACAGCAGUAUUUUGUGGUGGGCUAUUGUACAAACACUAAUCCUCAUCUCCAUUGGAAUCUGGCAAAUCAAAUCUCUCAGAGAUUUCUUUAUAUCUAAAAAGCUUGUUUAAACCUUAUAAAGUAAAUACACAGAUUAAAAAAUUGCAUACAAUGUAACACCUAACAUCCAAAGAAACCUUACAUCUGUGAGAGAAUUGGUUACAUGUAACUCUCUCUCAUCUUCCUCUGAUUCUUAUUCUAACUCUGGUCUCUUUACCAACAUCACAAACCUUAUCUUUUAUUCCUUGAAUUCCAUCUUUUAUCAGUCUUUUUCUCUAUACAGAUGUAAAGCUAAAUCUAGAAGGACUCGGUGACUAAGGCAGCAUUUAAUCAGGAUUGUUAAAUCUAAAAGAGAAAUCUAAAAAAAGUUUCCUAAUACUUUAAAUUUCUCUACUUGUUUAGUAAUCUUAUUUGGUACUACCAUGAACAGUUCAGUGUUUCAGACUGACCAGGAUUCACAGUAGGCAGAGAAACAACUAUAUCCCCUGCAAUGCUUAAUUUAGUGAGAACAUCUUGAACUCGGCCUGUUCCUAGCUUUUCCUCAAAUAUAAUUGUCACUGUUUUCUUUUAAAAUAUUCAAAGUCUUAAGUGACAGUGGAGCCCACCCUUAAGUUUAUGAUCAGUGGUUGCAGCAAUUACCAUGGAAAAGAGAGACCCAGACAAAAAAUCUGUAAUUGUACUUACUUUUUACUUCCAGGUAAACCCUAAACGUUUAGCAAUAGAGUUGAGAUCAGAUCUCUCCCACAGCUGUUUAUGUAAAUUACAGUCUUUAUGAAGUAUGCCAAAGUAAGCUAAAUUACAGGUUUCUUGGUAAACACUGUAUUUGUGCCUAUCUAUUAAUGUAUUUAUAUAUUAAUUAAUAUUAUAUAUGAAUUUGUGCCUAUUAAGUUAUUCCUACACUAAAUUCUUCAGUCUGUUUCUGUGAUAAUUAUUUUUGUUUUAAUUAUUCAGCCACUGAAACAUGACUGUCUAAAGAAUUUAGUAGUUUUUGAUUUAUUCAUGUAUUUCCAUUUCACUUAUUGCAGCUUGGUUGAAUAUAUCUUUAUGCCUUAAUUUAGAUACUUUAUGUACAACUAGCAGAGUUGCUACAGUAUCAUAGAAUUACAAGUCAAAAGCUGAGGUUAAAAAUUCAGAUAAUUGGCCUGACAAAGCAGCAGUAGUGUAAGAGAGUUGGAUGUGCUUAUAACAUGACCCAUCUUAGCACUUAGGUAACAUGUAAAAACAUGAAACUUUAAAAAGUUUCUAGAGAACACAGUGAUAGUAGAAUAUUGUGGUUUGUCCUUCCUAUUUGUCUUUCCAGACUCUUCACUAGUCUAAAAGGUAGUGAAAGUUGAAAUAUUUCGAGACCAAUUAUUGUUUUAAAGGCAUUCUUGCUUUAUUUUUUCUAUCUUCUCGCCUUUUGUUUUCAUUAGCAAUGAAAUGACAUAGCCCUUUAAGUUCACUUAUGAUUCCAGUAUGGGAAUGAAAAUAUAGCUCUGAGUACAUGAGAAUCCAUAAAGUUGAUACAAAGUAGAAACAAAAAGCAAUGCUUUAUGGACCAAAUCAAUCAAAAUAAAAUCUCACAAAACUACUCACUGAGGUGUGUCCUAUAUUUAAAAUUUCUGAGACUUUAGAGUUGGCACUUGAAAUGCCCAGUAAUUAAGUGUUAUUAAAUUCACUUUUAUAGAGCAUCCACAACAUGUCUUGUUAUAACAUCUUUGGUGGUAGGAAAGAAUGAAAGAUGUGUUACAACCAUAUGGUAUAUGAAGUCCAAGAAGAAAGUUUAAUAAAGGGUUGCUACAA